GCAGCGAGCUCUCGCGGCAGAAGCUAAGCAAGAUAAGCUCAGCUGAGCGUGUGCGUGUGUGUGUGUGUGUGUGUGUGUGAGAGAGAGAGAGAGAGAGAGAGAGUUGUUGGAGGUGAUCAUGAGAUCGAGGGCGGCGCUGGAGCCGUUGGCGGAGGAGCCGGGCGGCGGGGAGGAGGAGGCGGCGGCGCGGCGGAGGUCGGGCCGGCUGCAGGCGGCGCUGCACCGGAUGGCGCGGCUGCUGUCCGGCGCCGGGGACGACGCUCGGCCCGCCGCUGACCUCCGCGUGCUGCUGUCCGUCCUCGCCUGCCCGCUCUCCCCCGUCCCCAUCCUGCCCCGCCUCCCGCGCCAUGUGGCGUCGUCGGCGCAGUACAUAAUCGAGCAGUUCAGGGCGACGACGGGGUGCGGGAAGAUAGAAGGCGCGGUGAAGAGCAUGUACGCGGCGGGGAGGGUGCGCAUGGCGAUGCUGCAGGAGCCCGCCGCCGCCGCCACCGCCGCCGCUGGCAGCGGCGGCGGCAGGGGCCACGAGGGCUGCUUCGUUCUGUGGCAGCUUGCGCCGAGCAUGUGGAUCGUCGAGAUGGCGGUGGCCGGGCAGCACGUCGCCGCGGGGAGCGACGGCCGCGUCGCGUGGCGCCGCACGCCGUGGGUCGGCGCCCACGCCGCCCGCGGCGGCUCGCGCCCCCUCCGUCGCGUCCUCCAGGGGCUGGACCCAGUGACGAUAGCGUCAAUCUUCUCGACGGCGGAGCACGCCGGCGAGAAGCUGGUGGACGGCGAGGACUGCUUCGUGCUGCGGCUGGACGUGGGGCCGUCGGUGCUGUCGAGCUGGAGCGACGGCACGGCGGAGGUGAUCCGGCACGGGCUGACGGGGUUCUUCAGCCAGCGGAGCGGCCUCCUCGUCCGGCUGGAGGACUCGCAGCUGACCAGGAUCCAGUCCCCCGGCGCGGCGGCGAUGUACUGGGAGACCACCAUCUCCUCCAGCCUCGCCGACUACCGCGCCGUCGACGGCGUCUCCGUCGCGCACGCAGGCCGCUCCACGGCGCACCUCGCCCGCUUCGGCGUCGGCGUGCGCGCCGCCCGCGUCGUCACGCGGAUGGAGGAGUCCUGGACCCUCGACGACGUCGUGUUCAACGUGCCGGGCCUCGGCCCCGACGCCUUCAUCCCGCCCGAGGAGGUCAGGCGGACCCGCUUCUACGACGCCAUGGCCGCCGGCAAGUGACGUCACACAACUCCGUCACCCAAAAAAAAAAUCAAUUCCGGUGUAACAUGUAGAGAGAGCACUUAGCUUCGGUUGUGUCAACCGUGAUCCGUUUGCUUGUGUGUGGCAUCAAAUUUCGUGCAUGUACAUAUGUGUACCUGAGUUAAUUACCUGGGUAAUAAAUAGUUACACGAUUCUUAAAUGA